AUGACAUCAAAAAUGCUUCAUAGAAGAUAGUUGAAGAAGUUGGAGCAUCGUUAAUAUCGUUAAGGGAGUCUUAGAAGUAAAAAUAUUUUAAGGAAUUAUUAGUUAGGGAUUCAAAAAAAAAGGGAAAUUCAUAAGUCAGAAAGGCAGUUAGAACGAAGGUGAUAAUCAUACAAAAACUGAAUUUAAUGCUUGAAAAAGAGAGGUUAGGACUAAAAGAAUAAUGA